CUUUUACUGCGGGCUCAUGUGAUUCCGUUCUUCAAUGUUCACAACGAUCUUUGAAAAAUGCCUCAUUACCAAACCUUUAUCAUUUUAUCAGAGAUAUCACUACAAGAUCGAAAGUUUCAAAGAUAACCAUGGUAGUUGGUUUAAUCUACGUAAAUCGAUUGAAAAGAUCGUUACCUUCUACCGCGCGCGGUGAUUUUGAUACACCUUACAAGAUUUUUUUAUCUGCGAUUUUAGUUGCAAGCAAAUACUUGAGUGAUCAAUCGCUUCAGAAUAAGACCAUCGCAGACAUCACAGAUGGUCUUUAUACAGUUAAAGAUAUCAAUACCAUGGAACGUAGUUUUCUUGGAUUAUUGAAAUAUGACCUUUGGGUCGAUAGAAAUGAAGUUGAAGAUUUUUUGGAUCAACAUCGAGUUGAAUUAGAAAUUAAUUUUGAUUGGACUAAUGAUGAAAAAGCAUAA